AUGCCAGGAAAGAGUGGAAAGAGAGACGUAAAGAAGACAUCAUCUGGAGACAAAAACAGAAUGUUCUUUAAGUUGACACAGGUUAAGAGAAUUAUGAAGCACACCACGUACAUGAGGGUCUCAAAGGACGCCCAGAUUGCGAUGUCAUCUGCUCUAGCGUACAUCAUUCUAGAAUUGCUGGAUGGUGGUAAAACAAUGGCUCAAGACGAUGGAAACAAGAAGAAGAUCAGUCCAAGACACCUGAGUAAUGCAAUCAAUGCAGACGGAGAGCUGAGUUCAUUGCUGAAGGACUACGUCAUCCAGUCAGGUGGCUGCAGAGGAUUCAGGCUACCAGAAGUCACCAGAAAGAAUUAA